AUGUCGCCAAAUACGCAGCUAGUCCAGUCCACUCGGAGCUGCAGCUACAAAACUCUUGGUGAUGGUGACAAUGAGCCUCGGACCAUAUGCGUUCAAUAUGGAGAGAAGGACAUAUCCCAGUCAGACUCAACCCUUGUUGAGUUCCUGUCUCAGGAUUUUGAUCAAGGGUCCGUCGGAGACUACCAAGCAACUUUCAUAGAUGACUACGCCAAUAAUGUGCGUCUUCUUGGGCCGACCUUUGGCAAAGGAUUUCGGCCCAACGUCCAUCAUUUCCGCGAUGCCCCAUUCAUCAAGCGCUCUAAUGGGAGCAUCCCCCGUAUGAUCACAGAGGACGAGCGAACAAUGCUCGACCACAGUGGCGCGUUCAUUCUCCCCGAUGCGGAGAUCGCCAAUGGCUUCAUUAGAGCCUUUUUUGAUCGCGUCCAUCCUACCAUCCCUAUUAUUGAUCAAGCGAACUUCCGGCAGUCCUACCUACGGCCAUUCUCAGCCGACGGAAACGGCCCCCCGCUGCUGCUCAUCCAGGCCGUUCUCCUCUCCGGCUCGACAGUGUGGCAACAUCCUCGAUUGAAGCUGCCAGCCGAAGAAAUCUCAAAGCGGUUAUUUGCCCGGGCUCAUGCCCUCGUUUACCACCGUUUUGAGCAGGACCGCUUCACACUAAUUAUAGCGCAUUUACUCUUCAGCACAUAUACUUGCGACAGCUGUGACGACACCGUGCAGAACAUGUGGCUAUCACUGGGCAUUGCUGUGCGCAUUGCCCAAGGCCUCGGGCUGCACCGAGAUCUUGGAGCUGCGCGAGCAGACAGACAGCAUCGGUUGCAGUGGAAGAAGACGUGGUGGACCCUUUUCCUCCAUGAUACCCUCUGCGCGUUUGAAUGGGGCCGGCCUCGGGCCAUCCAUCUUGCCGACACCGACGUCGAUGAGAUAUGCGAAGCUGACUUCGACCCCCCCGAACUUGGAGCUCUUCCCUGCCGGGAGCAUGUUGACUUCUUCAUUUCGGCGAUACAUUUGUGCUACAUUAUCAGCGAUUGGCUUGACGAUCUACGGCCCGGGGGCCCGCAAACACAUCGGCGCAUAAGAAGACGUGAGGAUGGAAUUCACCAGGCUCGUGCAGAGCUGCAGAAAUGGUAUGACGGAUUGCCACCUACCAUGACUGCUUCCUCUCGGGGUAGCUCUUCGCACUACUCUCUCUGGUCUGGAAUGCUGAACAUCACGUACUGUGCUGCUGUUGUCCGAUUUUACUCAGUAGCUCCGGUUGAUCCGCGGAAGGUCCACGAAUCCGCCGUAGCCAUCAGCACAAUCUGCACCAGCCUGUUCAACCAAGGUCUUCUCAGCUCGGUCUGGGUGUACGCGAUCCACCAGCUCUACCUUUCCAUGUGCCACCAUGCAAUAGAGUCAAAAAGCCCGGACCAAAGUGUAGCGGCCCAAGGCUUAGAAAAUCUUUGCACCUCGUUACCGAUGCUGGAACAGCUAAGUCGGAAGAACUCCGUAGCCAGGCAGGCUUUCCGCUUCCUCGAUAACGUCGCUAAGAGAAGCGGCUCGGACGCACCUGCUGAUGAUCCCUGGCAAGAAGAUAGUAAUGCCUCGCUCUGGGCAUGGGAGAUGGAUGUAUGUGGCAAGAGUUUGGAGCCUGGCAAGAUUGCAACGGGCUCUCAGUAUUUCCUAAAUAGUAUCAUGAUUAUCAAGUGUUUCAAGGAUUUGGAGAUAGCAUUGGUUAUCGCACCUUCAACUCUAUAA